AUGGUCGUGCUAGUCCUCCUUGCCUUAAUCUGGAUGGUGGAGGGAGCCCUGUCGCAGCUUCACUACACCGUGCAAGAGGAGCAAGAGCAUGGCACUUUCGUGGGGAAUAUCGCCGAGGAUCUGGGCUUGGACAUUACAAAACUUUCGGCUCGCCGCUUCCAGACGGUGCCCAAUUCGCGGAGCCCUUACCUGGACCUCAACCUGGAGACCGGCGUGCUGUACGUGAACGAGAAGAUCGACCGCGAGCAAAUCUGCAAGCAGAACCCGUCGUGCCAGCUGCACCUGGAAGUCUUCCUGGAGAACCCGCUGGAGCUCUUCCGCGUGGAGAUCGAAGUGCUCGAUAUCAACGACAACCCGCCCGCCUUCCCGGAGCCCGACCUGACGGUGGAGAUCUCCGAGAGCGCCACGCCGGGCACCCGCUUCCCCUUGGAGAGCGCCUUCGACCCGGACGUGGGCACCAACUCGCUCCGCACCUACGAGAUCACCCCCAACAGUUACUUCUCGCUGGACGUGCAGACGCAGCCCGACGGCAACCGCUUCGCCGAGCUGGUGCUCUCCAAGCCCUUGGACCGUGAGCAGCAGGCGGUGCACCGCUACGUGCUGACGGCCGUCGACGGCGGGCAGCCCCAGCAGCGCACCGGCACGGCCCUGCUCACCAUCCGAGUGCUGGACUCCAACGACAACGUGCCCGCCUUCGAGCAGCCCGUCUACACCGUCUCCCUGCCGGAGAACUCGCCGCCCGGCACGCUGGUGCUCCAGCUCAACGCCAGCGACCCGGACGAGGGCCAGAAUGGCGAGAUCAUCUACUCGUUCAGCAGCCACAUCUCGGCUCGCGCCCGGGAGCUCUUCGGCAUCUCGCCGCGGACGGGCCGCCUGGAGGUCAACGGCGAGUUGGAUUACGAGGAGAGCGGGGUCUACCAGGUGUACGUGCAAGCCAAGGACCUGGGGCCCAACGCCGUGCCCGCCCACUGCAAGGUCUUGGUGCGGGUGCUCGACGCCAACGACAACGCGCCCGAGAUCAGCUUCUCCACCGUCAAAGAGGCCGUGAGCGAGGCGGCGGCGCCCGGCACGGUGGUGGCCCUCUUCAGCGUCUCCGACCGGGACUCGGAGGAGAACGGGCAAGUGCACUGCGAGCUGCUUCAGGGCGACGCGCCUUUCCGCCUCAAGAGCUCCUUCAAGAACUACUACACCAUCGUCACCGAGGGGCCCCUGGACCGCGAGCAGCCCGGCGGCGACGCCUACACGCUGACGGUGGUGGCGCGGGACCUGGGCGAGCCGCCCCUCAGCACCAGCAAGUCCAUCCAGGUGCGCGUCAGCGACGUGAACGACAACGCGCCCCGCUUCUCGCAGCCCGUCUACCAGGUCUACGUGAGCGAGAACAACGUGCCGGGCGCCUACAUCUACGCCGUCAGCGCCACCGACCGCGACCAGGGCGCCAACGCGCAGCUGGCCUACUCCAUCCUGGAGAGCCAGAUCCAGGGCAUGUCCGUCUUCACCUACGUCUCCAUCAACUCCGAGAACGGCUUCCUCUACGCCCUGCGCUCCUUCGACUACGAGCAGCUGAAGGAGUUCAGCUUCCAGGUGGAGGCCCGCGACUCCGCCGCCGCCGCCGGAGGGGGGGCCGGCGGAGGAGAGGAGGGCGGCGGCGAGGAGGCGCUGGCCGGCAACGCCACCGUCAACAUCGUGGUGGUCGACCAGAACGACAACGCGCCCGCCAUCGUCAGCCCGCUGCCCGGCCGCAACGGCACGCCAGCCCGAGAGGUGCUGCCCCGCGGGGCCGAGCCGGGCUACCUGGUGACCCGCGUGGCGGCCGUGGACGCGGACGACGGCGAGAACGCGCGCCUGACCUACAGCAUCGUGCGGGGCAACGAGGCCAGCCUCUUCCGCAUGGACUGGCGGACCGGCGAGCUGCGCACGGCGCGCAAAGUGCCGGCCAAGCGCGACCCGCAGCGGCCCUACGAGCUGGUCAUCGAGGUGCGCGACCACGGGCAGCCGCCGCUUGGGGCUGGCCCCGGCGGCGGGGCAGGAGGGCCCGGCGGAGAGCACCGGCCCAGCCCCGCGGGGGGCGGCGGCGGCGGCGGCCACGGCGAGACCUCCCUGGACCUGACGCUCAUCCUCAUCAUCGCCCUGGGCUCGGUCUCCUUCAUCUUCCUCCUGGCCAUGAUCGUGCUGGCCGUGCGCUGCCAGAAGGAGAAGAAGCUGAACAUCUACACCUGCCUGGCCAGCGACUGCUGCCUGAGCUGCUGCUGCUGCUGCCCCUGCUGCAGCCGCCAGGCGCGGGCCCGCAAGAAGAAGCUCAGCAAGUCCGACAUCAUGCUGGUCCAGAGCUCCAACGUGCCCAGCAACCCGGCCCAGGUGCCCGUCGAGGAGUCGGCCAGCUUCGGCUCCAACCACCACAACCAGAACUAUUGCUACCAGGUCUGCCUCACGCCCGAGUCGGCCAAGACCGACCUGAUGUUCCUCAAGCCCUGCAGCCCGUCCCGCAGCACCGACGCCGAGCACAACCCCUGCGGGGCCAUCGUCACCGGCUACACCGACCAGCAGCCCGACAUCAUCUCCAACGGCAGUAUAUUGUCCAGCGAGACUAAACACCAGCGUGCAGAGCUCAGUUAUCUAGUUGAUAGACCACGGCGGGUAAACAGUUCUGCAUUCCAGGAAGCAGACAUAGUAAGCUCUAAGGACAGUGGUCAUGGAGACAGUGAGCAAGGAGACAGCGAUCAUGACGCCACUAAUCGAGGUCAAUCCUCUGGCAUGGAUCUCUUCUCUAAUUGCACAGAAGAAUGUAAAGCAUUGGGCCACUCGGAUCGGUGUUGGAUGCCCUCUUUUGUCCCUUCUGAUGGACGCCAGGCUGCGGAUUACCGCAGCAAUCUUCAUGUUCCUGGUAUGGACUCUGUUCCAGACACUGAAGUGUUUGAAACACCAGAAGCUCAGCCUGGGGCAGAGAGGUCCUUCUCCACCUUUGGCAAAGAGAAGGCCCUUCACAGCACUCUGGAGAGGAAGGAACUGGAUGGACUGCUGUCUAAUACACGAGCGCCUUACAAACCACCGUAUUUGAGCCUUGCCAUUUGUGGAUCUCAGAAUGGAUUAUAAAAGAAUAGUGAUUUAAGACCCGCAGAUCCUCUGAGAGAUAGCACGGAAAAGGAUAUGCUAGUCAAUUCUACGGGACUUACCUGAAGCAGCAUGAUUUGCACAAAAGUCGACCAACAAAAGCAUCAACUUUUCAACUUCAUUAUCUUGGCCAUCCAGUUCUGUGUUAACUGAAGAAUUACUGUGCUAUUGGAGACAUCAUGGCCAACAAUAGGACCUAACUGCUCUCAGCAGGCCUGAGAAAUGAGUUGAAUUGUAUGGAACUGUAGAAACUUCAAGAGGCAACUGAUUUUUGCCUCUCUGAUCAGUGUGUGCCUGUUUACAGCACUAUAUAGCUCUCUCUUUCUCUCUCUAAAAUGUCACUGAGCCCUUUAGAUGUUUAUAUUCGCCACAAGAAGCCAAUCGUACAGAUUUUAAAAAAGGAAACGUGCAUUAUAAAUGCAAUAUCACUGUUUUAAACUUGACUGUUUUAUAUUAUUUUUGUGUGAUCAAGUGUCCCCCAAACUAUUCCAACUUUACAAAAGAAAUUGUGAAUCAUGUUCUUUUCACCCGUGGGUCAUAAAAAUGUUGUUAAUCUAAAGACCCACAAAAUAUCAAAGACAUUCUGUAGUUUAU